UGUUUGGUAUGCAUGUUAUUUUUGUGUGGGCUCGCCGGAUCUCGAUUGGAAGAGAUCACCUUCCCGGCGUCGCGCAGGAAGGGCCGCGGUAGCACCUACGUGCUGCGAGUAGCCGCCGGCGAGGCUACACCCUCCAACUUUUGCCGUCUCUUCGUUGCCUACUAUGCUCUUCCCCAUCUCUUCCCGAGCAAGCAAGCGAGGGAGAGAUAUCAGAAUCUCCGUCUGUUUGAGGGUCGGAUGUCUAGAUUCUGUCGCCUUCAUCGCUCAUUUUCCCUCUUCUCUUUUCAGCCCUUCCCCUCCAGUGUGGGAACUGGUAGACCGCUGAUUUCACAGCCCUAGUAUCCUUCUUCCUCCAUUGCGCUGAUGCCGAGGAUGGGUAUAUUUAUAUGGUGUAACAAGGCUUACUUUGGACUUGCAGUGAUUCACAUCUUUUAAAUCCAUACUAAAUCCAUGGUUUGGUUGGCUUGAACAUUCAAUACAAGUUGUAGCUCCCAUGUUGGCGUAUCAGUGACGGGGAUUUGACCAAGUGGCUCUUUUACUUUACCAUUUGGAGUGCGAACUCUUUGAAUUGGAGUAUAGAUUUCCUUAACCAUGUAUUUAAAAGAGGGACCCUCACUAUUGUUGAAGGCCCAAAGGCCAUCAGUUUCUGUGAUCCUAAACACCAUUCUAACUUCUGAGCCUCCACAACCUAAAGCUCCAAAUCAUCCUCCUCCAAGCGAGUUCGAUGUACUCCACAGACUGCAUCGAGAAACAAACAUUACCAUCGCAUUACAAUAUUUUAAAUCUGUUGUCGAUUCCCAGUCUUUUCGACACACACCUCGAACAUACCAAAUUAUGAUUGAAAAGCUCGGUGGUGAAAAGAAAAUGGAUGCUAUUCAAUACCUUCUUCAGCAGAUGAAGCUUGAAGGCCUUCCCUGCACCGAAGCCAUUAUUAUCAGUGUUAUAAAUUCUUAUGCCAACCUCGGGUCGGCUGAUCACGCCCUCAAAACCUUUUAUCGUAGCAUCGAUCUCAGUUGCAAGCCCACGGUGAAGAUUUACAAUCAUCUUUUAGACGCGUUACUCAAAGAAAGUAAGUUCAGUGCCAUAGGCUCAAUUUAUAAUAACAUGAAAAAAGAAGCAAUAUUGCCAAACGUUUUCACUUAUAAUGUAUUAAUCAAAGCUCUGUGCCAGAAUAGCCGUUUUGAUGCCGCUUAUAAACUGCUAGAGGAAAUGUCUCGUAGAGGACAUUUACCCGAUUCGGUGACUUACACUACAUUAGUCACUUCUUUUUGCUCAUCUGGGAGAUUGGAGGAGGCAAAAAAAUUGGUUUGUAAGAUAAACCCCUCCAUCCAAACUUGUAAUGCUCUGAUAAAUGGCUUGUGCAGAGAAUCAAGAGUUAAGGAAGCUGUUCAUUUAGCUUUUGAAAUGAAAGAUAAAGGGUUGCAGCCCAAUGUAAUCACUUACACAACAAUAGUUAAUGCGCUCUGUAAGAUGGGGAAUCUGAGGCUUUCUCUUGCUAUUUUUGCUAAGAUGUUGGUAACAGGUUGCACCCCUAAUAUGCAUACGUUCGCUUCGCUGUUAAAAGGUUUCUUUGAGAAUGGUAAAUUUCAUGAAGCUGUUGAUAUAUGGAAACAAAUUAAUCAAGAUGGGCAUAUUCCCAAUAUUAUAACAUACAAUAUUCUCAUUCACGGACUUUGUCUGAAUGGAAAUCUGAAGAAGGCGAGGGACAUGUUAAAUGAGAUGGAUCGAAAUGGAUGUUCCCCUAAUGUUAGCUCGUUUGGUACGCUGAUUGAAGGAUUCUCAAAAUCAGGAGAUUUUGAAAAUGCCUCUUUGAUGUGGAAUAAGAUGAUUGAAAGUGGUUGCACGCCAAAUGUGGUCGUAUACACGUCUAUGGUUGAUAUGUUUUGCAGGAUGAAUAUGCUUCAUCAUGCUUGGAAUCUUAUGAAGAACAUGGAGUCAGAGAAUUGCCUGCCAAAUACGGCGACGUUUAACUCGUUCAUCAAAGGUUUAUGUGACAGCGGACAGGUAAAAUGGGCUUUGGAUAUAUUAGAUGAGAUGAGAAGGCUAGGAUGCUCGCCAAACACCCGAACUUACAACGAGUUGUUAGAUGGGCUUUGUAGGGAGAAUAAUCAUAUGGGGACUUUGAAGUUAGUUGAUGAUAUGUUUCAAAGUGGAGUUGAAUUAAAUGUUGUGACUUAUAACACUAUAAUAAAUGGGUUAAGCCAUGCCGGUAAGAUCAAAGAAGCAUUUGUGCUUAUUGGGAAGAUGAUGGUUGAGGGGAUUCAACCUGAUUCCAUUACUUUCAAUGGAAUAAUUCAUGCUUACUGCAAAGAAGAUAAUGUUUUGAAUGCUGCUAGAGUUGUUGGAGGAAUGGUGGCCGGAAACUAUUGCCGCGAUGUAUUUACGUACACUACAUUGAUUUCUGGCCUUUCAUUUCGAGGCAGAUUGGAAGAUGCUUUGGUUUAUUUAUUAAAGAUGUUGUCGGAAGGGAUUUGGCCGAAUGGCGUCACAUGGAAUGCAUUGUUAGGUUGUUUGUUUGAUGAGGAUGGUUGUUCUGCGGCAAUUCGGUUAUUGGAGAACCUGUUGGGGAAGUAGAUGGUUGGUUUUGUUUGGAGGAUGGUUUUUAGGAAGUGAUUAAGCUGAAAAUAUGCUCCUGAAUGGAAGGAUCUGUAUGGAAGUUGCAUUGGCUGAGGAAGGAUCCCCAGAAAUGUGUUGUCAGAGAUUUUUUAAGUUUCAUGCUGCACAAUUCUCCUGAAAGGCGGCAAGAAACCAGCAGUCAAACAUAUGUGUGAUAGCAAUCUGAGAAGCAAAGCAAUGAAAAGGCUACCUCAAACCGACUCAGCUGUUUGGUUUGCUACAAAAGUAGUUCAUUAAAUCUGGGUUUUGAUGGGAUGAAUUCUAAAUGAAAUCUAAAAUUAUAAUGCAAAAUUCAUUUUCUAGUUUAUUUUCAAUGUAUUUUGAUUUCAUUUGAUUCGGUUGAACUCUAAACACACUAUUUUGUAUAAAGUGAUAGUUGCCGCCAACACUCAUCCGUUAUCAGGCCUUGCUGCCCUUGGCUAUCGCUGGAGUCACCACUAAUCAUCAUCAGUCACCCCUUGCUAGCAGCCUGUCUCUCGGUCACCGUCCUCUCGCCGCAACCCAUCAUCUGCCUAUUGCAACAACCACCGCCACCCGCCACCCUCGAUUUAGAUCCAAAGCACGAGUGUUAGCAGGAAGAAACCCACCCCACCAUGGCAUUCUUGUGAGAAAGACACGAGACAGAGGCUAUGAGCGCACUUGCCAUUUGGGAAGGGAGGUAGGCCAAGUUCUCUUCUUAUUUCUGAUCUUUUAGCUACUGCGAGAAAAGAAAGGUUGCUGCUUGACAACUGCGCGGAACUUCUAGCUUUGGCAGGAGAGCUGCAGGUGCAGGAUUCCAGCCUAAAGAGGGCACUUAAUGCAGCUGGGUUAAGUUCUCUCCUCCAUCAUCUUCCCCAGCAAACUCUCCAACAUGGAGUAGAUGGCUGAAGUUUGAGGGUGAGA